AUGGAUGUGGAUUCCAUCCGCGAGGCCGAGUCGCAGACCGAGAAGCCCAAGGAGUCGCUUUCUACCGUUGCUCUGGCGGCCUCAGCAGCUCGCGCUGGAGCUCUCGCUUCCCAUGAAGAGCGUGAAAUGACCCGGCUGGUUGGCGCCGCCGUGAACGUGACCCUGCAGAAGUUUGAGAUCAAGCUACAGCAGUUCAACGAGAUGGAGGAGAUCAUUGAGGCCGAGCGUCGGGAACUCGAGCAGGCACGCCGACAGCUCUUCCUGGACCGGAUGGCGUUCAAGAAGCGCGUCGCGGAAGCCCAGGAGGCCCUUAAGGCUGUCAGCGAGCAGGGGCCCAACGAGCAAACCAACGCCAUGCUCGCGAGUGCGGCCACGGCUGGUAUUGGCAACAGCUACGGCUUUCAGCUCCCCGCUGGCGAGGCUCAACCGGGUGCUCAGCCCUUGAGUGCCGAGGCCGGUGCCGACUUCAAGUCGCUCGAACUGUGA